GGUGGACAGUGGCAAGUGCUAUCCAUAGCCGAGGAGGGUGACGAUUGCAAUCGAGGUACACACAUGAGUAUAGCAGUGCAUUUGGACUAGUCAAAUGUUUUCGACUAGUCAGAUUGAGUGCACUUGGACUCGUUCGUUGCUAAGCGGAGACUUGAUACAACCUUUUCUUGCUUACAGACUUGAUACAAGACUAACAAAUAGCAUACUGUUUAAAGUCAUCGACUACACAGCUAUACUAUACGUUCUCGUCCUGCUGGUUGCUCUGCUUCUCCCGCUCCUUGCGGUCAAUUCCCUCUUCAUCAGUUAACAUGCGCCGCCCGACAUUGCUGCUUCUCCCGCUCCUUGUCUCCUUGCUCCUCCAAUUCCAUGGCCACGCCAGCGCCGAAGACUGCGAGCCGGCGGCAUGCGGGAACCUCACCCUCAGCUACCCGUUCUGGCUCGGCAGCAGCACCAAUCCGCCUUCUUCUCCCAGCUGUGGCCACCCGGGCUUCGAGGUCUGGUGCGGCGACGGCGGCCGCGAGGCCUCCCUGAAGGGCUCCUCCAUCCACGUCCUGGGCAUCGACUACACCAACAACUCCUUCGUCGCCUCCCACUCCAGGGUCGCCGGCGACGACGGCGUGUGCCAGGCUGACUUCAACGUGUCCUCCAGCAUCGCGCUCAGCCUGCAGUUCACGUUUAGUCCGCAGAACCGUGCCCUGUGCUUCCUCUACCACUGCCGCAACGGCACGGCGCCCUCGAGCGGCCCCGAGUACGCCAACGCCACAGCAAACUGCAGCUCUCCCAUCUACGCGUACCUCGCCGGGCCUUACUACUGGGACACGCCGCCGGAGAUCGCGACGGGCGGAUGCACGUACGCCUACAUGCCGGUGCUGGGGUCUGAGGCGGCGGUGAUGACGGCGGCCAACUACAGCCGGCUCCUCAAGGACGGGUUCGUCCUGGACUGGGAGGUGGCCUCCGUCGGUGACUGCCGGACCUGCAACGCCAGCGGCGGGCAGUGCCGGUACGACAACGACGCCGCGGAGUUCUGGUGCCUCUGCCCCGACGGCAGGCGCGCGGGAUCGACAUGCGCCGGUGAGUCUCACCUGCCCUCCGUAGUACACGUAGGUACUUCUACAGUAGCGGAGUAAUCUAACCUUGUUUUGAUGCCAGCGGCCGAUUCCGGCUGUCCGGACAAAUGAGUACUCUGCUACUGUAGCCUAACUUGUUUUGACACGUCCGGACAAAUGGACUGAUGCCCGCAUUGGCCAUUUGGUGUUGACGAGUUUGACAAGAAUGUGUGUGGGCGCGCACUGGACACGCCGGAGCCCCGCCGGGUAAACGCGUGUGCGGUUCAGGACUUCAUGUCUUGCGGGGCGUCACGUACCCUCACCUGUCACUAUUUAGCUUGAUCUCGUCUCUCCUCUUCAAUUCGCUUAUGAAUGUGCUGGCUAACUAGUUAUCUGACGCGUCGACGAAAGAAUAUAAGCACGCACCAAGCGUUCCAAUCCGGUCACCACGCCAAUGACUCAGCGGCAGUCGUCGCAAUAUUGCCCCGUCCGGGCAACUGGGAGCGGAAAUUCCCAAGCGCGGAUGAAUGCACCGGGAAGGAUUCAGCCGCUAAUUAAAGUCUACAGUCUAUACAGGGCAGCGGACUCACUUUACCGUAUGGUCGAUUGCUAUGCCUGUAUUCUUCUAGUGCGGUUCACCCCUUCUGUUCGUCCAGCUACUCCCGUCGCCGAGAGGCGCGCGAGAACC